CACAUCCUGUCUUUCAUUGUCCCUGGUGGCAGCAGAGCCAGCUUGUUCCAGCCUGCUGCUACCACAGGGCACCCUUGGCAUGGUGUGGCUCAGGCUUCUGCAUAUUGGUGGUGGAGGACCUGGGGCAAAAGGUCCCAGGGAAACCUCUCUGUCCCCCAUCAGAGAGGAAGGAUGGUCAGUGGUGCCGUACCCCAGUGCCGGGGCAGAGAGUGAUGGACUGCGCAUCAGUGCACCGGGAGGAAAUGGCCUAGCCUGGGGUGAGGCGGGUGGUGGGUCGCAAUGCUCAGCUCUCACCCCACUGCUUCGAGCCCGCUCCCUGAAGCCUGGCUGCAGCAAAGUGAGCAGCGUGAGGAGCUGGAGUCCCCGAGCCCCCUGUGUCAUUUACAUACACCUCACCAGCAGCAGCACAGCAACCCGGGUUUGUGUAGCACUGCAGGCCCUCUCCAAAACAGCCUCCCAUCCUCCGUGUCCUGCCAUGGCCCUGGGCUUCAUGGUCCUGCUCCUGGUGGGAAUGGUGGAGACAGCUUCCAGGGCUAAGCCUGUGCUGACCCAGCCAACCUUCAUGUUGUUGCUGCCUGGGCAGACUGCUCGGCUGUCCUGCACCCUGAGCCCCCAGUACAACAUCAGUGAGUUUGGCAUCUCCUGGUUCCAGCAGCGCCCGGGGCAGUCCUUGACAUAUCUGCUCUAUUACAACUCUGAGCGAGAGAAGCACAAGCCCACCAACACUCCCGACCGCUUCUCUGCUACCAAAGACGUCGCCAGCAAUGCCUGCAUCCUCACCAUCGCAUCCGUCUGUGAUGAAGACAACGGCAACUAUUACUGCUCCCUGUCACAUCCCUUCAACUGGUUUUAGAAGCAAGAGAACAAAAGCUUUUUGCUUUUCCCUUUGCAAGCCUGACAUGAGUCAUUCAAGAGGAAGGUGGCAGCCCUAGGAGGAAUGGAAAACGACCCUCUUGUGUGCUGCAGAGAGCCCAGCAGCACUGCAGUGUGCUGCGAGGUGGAUCAAUCUCCUCUUCAACCCCAAAUGUCCCCCAUGGAGCAUUAGACAGCCUGACACAGAGUGAGACCAGCCAGGGCUCGGCCCUGAAGCGCAUUAGCAGGGAUCUCCUGCUGCUGUGGGAGCUCUGCCAUGGCCGGGCUCUCCUGGGCUCUUUCAGCAUCUGGCACAAUGCAGGCUUGAUCCGGCUUCGGCUUCUGUGUGGUUUGUUUCACCUGAUAAUAAAGGUUAAUGCUUUGCCACGGGGCUUGUGUCGUGUGUGUGAUGUCCUGAGGAGCCCCCGGAGCUUCUCUGCGGAGAUG